AUGGAUCUAAGGGAUGAAAAUUACAAUGCAUCAUUAACCUAAAUUGAGCUUAGUGUUGAGGCACUUACUAAUAUUCUUUAUUAUUAAGAAUUUUUUAAAAGAAUAUCUAGGUUUUUAAGUUUAAAGGAUGUGUUGAAUCUUGGAUAAACUUGUCGUAUUUUAAAUGAAAUCGUUGAGAAACAUUAAGAAUUCUUCGGAGAGAUCUAUUAUAAAUUAUUUCUUAAUGAAUAACUUGAAAUGGCUUUGGAGUUAAACUACCCAGAUAUACAGAGCAGAUAGUAGAUUAGGUUAUCGAACUUUGAUAAAUCUUGCAUCGAUUGGAAGAGUUAACUGUCAAAAAUGAUUUUAACAAAAUAAACUUUGUAAUUUCCAUUUAUCCUAUGCGACGUAGUGUUUCCCAAGCCCAUUUUAACGAGGGAAACAAUAGGAAUCUAUUGCGAAUCCGAGUUUCAAAUCAUGUUAGCGUAACGUUUAGAACUGGAACAAAAAGGGUUUGACAAGUUAUUUGACUAUUAAUUUAUUUAGAAUGAAGUAAUUUUAUAAUCUUAUGGAAACUUGUAGUUGAUGAAGGAACUAAAGCAAAACAAAUAGCAAAUCUUGACACAAAUGCAAGCUAAGUUAUAACAAAAUGAAAAACUUAAAAGUUAAUUUUUAUAGUAUCGAUGGAGUUUGUAGGAUGAAUAGUAUUAAAGUGAAUUUCAACAAUUGAAUCUCCAAAAGUUGGACAUUGUCGAAUAAGAUCAUGAAGGAAAGGUGGAACCAAUUGGAGAUGAAUAGAUUUGCAUCUUUAAUUUAAUGGAAGAGUUUUAUACUUCUGUGGAGUGUUAUUUGGAAGGGUUGUAGAAGUAUUUUAGUGUAUUUAUAAAUGUUAAUACUAUCAACAGUAUUGAUUUGCUUUGUGAAUAUGUAAUGUAUUGGCAAGCUUAUAGCAACGCCAUCAUAGAUUUGUCAACAUUAAUCUAUCCAUUCGAGAAUAUCAUUAAUGAGUUACAUCAAAACUUAUUCCCAAAGUAUCCCUAAUAUCCAAAAUUUUCAGUUUGGAGAGUAAUGACGAAAAUGUGGAUUAAAUAUAUAAUUCGAAAUCAACAAUUCUAAACUAUAUUAUUAGAAUGUUUUAUUCGUCUACUCUCUGCUUAAAGACAACAAUUGUUCAAAAAAGAAUUUGAAUAAGGAGUUAGUGAAGAUCUAGAAAAUGCUCAAUCAUUUUAAAUAACCUACGAAAUAUAUGAUAAUUUCCUACUUAAAUAAAAGAAUAGUUACAAAGAUCAAUUUUAAAUUGAUACUACGCAUUAGGUUUAUACUGAAGUUAUAGAUUUAUUAAGAAGCUUUUGUCGAUGUGUCUAGGACAUAUCAAUUAGUGAGGUAUCCGUACAUUGGUUAGGUCACAAAGACUGUUGUUAUGAGGAAUUUUAUGAAUAGUUGAGUGAGAAGAUAUAAUAUGAAUCCAGUUUUUAUUAUGAUGAGAGCAGAUAAGUAUUUGGAUCAAAUAUUAUUUCAUUUAUUGAGUUUAUUAAAUUUGAUAAGGAAUUCUUAUAGUAAAUUUUGCCUGAACCUCUAAUAUUCAAAAUAGAGAAUCUUCAGAGAGAACAUAUAUAUACUUCCUUGUAUUACUUUUUAGAAGUUUCUUAUCUUUAGAAAUUUGUAUAGACCAACAAGGAUUAAAUCAUGUUGGCUUAUCAAAAUUCUAAGAUCAAAUCUCCUAAAUUAGAACGUAAUUCAAAUACGUCCUCUUAAAAUAAUGAACAUCUUGAAACUUAAGGAGAUUCUAAUUUAAAUGACCCUUAAAAAUUCUUUAAUUUGUGUUUAGAAAACAGCAAUUUAGAUUUAGAAGAGCUUUUAAUCAAAGAGAAAAGCAAAAAUCAAUAAGACAAUUUGUUAGAAAUCAUCAAAGUUGCACUUUCUUAGAUGAAUCUUGAUUCAUUAUAGAAUUUAGAUAACAUAGAUCAAUUUGAAUCCUAAAAAGAUUUAUUUGAUUUAAGCAGGGCUCAUAAAAUACAUAGAUCCUUUUCAAAUACUAGAUUGGAUGCAGAACAAACGGAAGUCCCUGAUGAAGUGAUCAAGGCAGCAAAACAGUUUCUAUUAAAAGAUGCCCAAUUUUCUAAACUAUAUCUCGUUUUCACUGAAUAUUCCAAUUACUAUGAUAAAAUGCUGAUCUAAGUUAUCACCAAAGACAGAGAUGUUGAAUUAAUAAAUAAUGAUAGAAAAGUGCCUAGAAUCCUACCUGAAUACCUUUAAAACUUUUAUUAUGUUUCUAACUACUUGACUUAUUCUGUACUCGAGGAAAAUAUUGUGGAAGAUCAAGAAGAUGAAUUUGAAGAUUUAGAUUAACCUCCAAAUCUGUCAAAGGAUCUAUCCAAAUUGAAAAAAAAUUCUGUUCAAUUUGAGUAUUAUUACUCAGAAGGAGAAGAUGAUCAUGGCUUCAGCGAUGGAGCUUGAUUGGCAGUAGUUUAAAUUAAUAGGAAUGAUAAUAUAAAUAUUAAUUUAAUUCUGAUUAUUACAUUUUCC